AUGUCCACUGUCACAUCCCAUUGUUAUUAUUUUAAAUAUUAUUUAUCACGAAUAAUAUAUAAUUUCAUUUUUCAAGCCCCUCUUCCAAAGAUUAAGCUCAACAGCUUCACUGUCAGUGAUUGUGGCAAUGCUCCUGGACAAAUAUUUGAAGUAAAAGUAUCCAGUGUGAAGACCCUGAUUUGUCUGAAAGGCGAUUUUCACAUCUCUGGGCAACAUCCAGGCCGGUUUUCUAUCGUGUACAAGGCAGCGAUUUCUGGGAAAAUCAUGGGUUUUCUUCCUUACGCUUUAGACAUCCCACUUUGCAAAAAUCCAGACGGUGCGAAAUCAUGGUAAGUCACUUGGACACCUAACUGAACUGCAACAUGUUGUAAAACAGUUAGCGAGAAAGUUUCAAACUGUUAUUUUAAUUAACUCGCUUUGUCACUCGCUUUAUCCUUUCACCCUUGAUUCGUAGAAAAUUUUCAUUGUCAGUUUAUUUAAAACAAUAAAAUAGAUUUAUGCCUUUACAUUGGUGAAGAAAAUUAUCAUACAAACUCUACUUAUAAAGUGCACCCCCUUCCCUCCCACUUCUUUACUUGUGAUGAAAGAUACACCUUAAACCAGCAGAUUGCUUCGUUUCUCUUGCUUCUCUUGAUGGGACCUCCGAUGUUAAAAAUUUUUGUGUAUCGUACAUUCAAUUUAAUUUAUUUCCUUUUACGAUUUAUUUUCGGAACUGUAAGUAAUAAAAUGCACCAACGUUUAGGUGCUUACCUACAGCUACAAUUCCUGCUUUUCAUAGUUACGGGAGACAGGAGGCUAGAAUUGCAUCAAAUAUGUUGUUCUUGUGACGCUGUGAUACUGAAAGUAUGGUGUUUUUUUGGGACAGCUCUUAUCCCAAGACCAUCCUCACUUUAAACUUUCUAAAAUUCCCAAUUUUCUUUCGGGGAAAAUAAACGUUUCUUUAUCCUGAGAUUGGUGAAUGCUGUUGAAAUUCUUGUAAACGAACACCGUCCAGAUAUAGAUAGAAAAAGUUCCAGUGAAUUUGCUCCUUGCCACUUGCAAGAUGUUAUUGUGUGACAAAAGAAUUUACAUAGAACGUUAAAAAUGGAAUGUUCUCAGGCGGUCGCCAGCAGAACUAUCCGCCUAUGAAAUUAUUUAACAUUAUUUAAUACCUCCACUUGGUUAAUGACCAGGCGAUGUCGUUACUCUAAAUAAAUAACACGAGUCCUUCUUAAAGUUGAUUUAUUCUCUUGAAGUUAUCGGACAGUUUAAUUCCAAGAGUAUCCUCAGUUUAAACUUUCUAAAAUCCCAAUUUUCUUUAGCAGAAAAUGAACGUUUCUUGAUUCCGAGACGGGUCAAAGCUUUUGAAAUUCCUGUAAACGAACACCUUCGAGACGUAGAUAAAAAAAGAGAGUUCCAGUAAAUUUGCUCCUGGCCGCUUACAAGAUGAAGGUUAAAAAUAGAAUUUUCUUAGGCGGCCUCCAGCAAAACUAUCCGCCUAUGAAAUUAUUUAACGGGAAUACCUCCACUUUGUUUCCUUUCCUGAAAAUGACUAGGCGAUGUUGUUACUUAAUUAAAUUAGACUCGAGUCCUUCUCAAACUCGAUUUUUUUUCUUGAAGUUUACAGACAGUUGACUGCAACGAAGUAAAAGAGCUUCUUGGAGGUACAGAACAAUUUUCAAGCGAGAUGUAUUCUUGCGUUUUUGCUUUACUCUUAGCUUACAUUUUUGUUUGAUACUUUUGCUAGCUUGUUUGUUCGUUUUUAUAUUCUCUGGCUAAUUUGUUGGCAUGCUCGCUUGUUUGUUAGCUUGUUUUUGAUACUUACUUGCCCUCUUGUUUAAAUGCUUGUUUGCAUGAUUGCUUGGUAGGGCAAUUUUAACUAAGAGUCGAAAGUAAUCAGAGACUGCAUUGAUUUUACUUUACUUCGCUCUACAAUUGGUCCAGAUAACUCGCGCCACUCUUUCAACCAAUCAGAUACAAGCUUAGACCGAUUAGGACUUGAUUACCCGUGUUUUCCCCGCUUUAGAAUUUUGUUGUUUUUACUUUGAGUUUUCAAUUGCUCUUAAAAGGCGAUUCCUAUCCUCUGAUUGGCUGUUGCGGUUAAUUUUUGUUUUGCUUUCACGAUACUCAAUCGAAAAGCGCUCUAUUGUUUGAAUUGAUUUUUCCUCUCGCUUGCUUGUUCACUUGCUGGCAUAUUUAGAUACUUGCUAGCUUCUUUUCAUUAGCCUUAUUAGUUAUUUCCUUGGUUGUUUAGUCCACGCGUAAUGCCGGCAGUCAUCACUCUCUUUUUUCAUCCCCAGAUCCAAACGCAAAGGUUGAAAACCAUGCUUGCAUCUUAAAAACUGGUGACAUUAAAUUUUUUAUCAUGGCAAACAUGAAGGGACCUUUACAAGUUCCGUCAGCUGUCGCGGUGAGUAAUUACUUUGCAGAAAAUUUGUAAGGAGUAGAAAUGUGUCACUCAUUCUUGUAGACUUAAAAACAAGCCUAUUUAUUUCCAAUUUAUGAAACGCCAUUUGCCAGGUGUGGUCAAACAAUUACCCACGUGAUUUCAAAUUGGUAUGAAAUGGGUUUCCUUCACUUUGAUCAUUUCUAGGCAAGUGACUUUUUUUGAAAAACGUCCAACCCGUGAUAAUUCCUAUUUCAUUUCUAGUGCGCGCCAUAUGAAGAUUCAAACAGGUUUAGCCAACUUUUUCCUUGAGAGGAGACGAUUCAAAUCCUUAGGGUUCUCUAGCUAGUACAUGACUUUCAGUUUGCAUAAUAUGGCAGAAGGGGUAUUCAACUAAAUUAUCACCAAAUGUAAUAGUGGUUUGAAUGACUGUCAAAGUAUGAAUAUCAUAUAUGAGAAUUGCAAAUUAAUAACAACUACUUAAUUCAAUCUUAUGAUGUAAGCUUGGAGAUUUGGCUUUGGAUCAACUAAUGGCCUAAUUUAUAUUUUUCUUUAUUCUCAUCCCAUGUCUCCUUGAUAUUGUAUUGAUAUUGUAAGGAGAAAUUCUGUCUUGGUCACUCGUGCGGGUCAAAGGGUUAAGCAGUGUUCAUAAUUGCGAAGAUCACUGUCGCAUUCAUUUCAAAUUUAUUUAUCAUUGUAAUCCUCGCAAGUGAGCCGAAAUUUAAGCGACUGCCGAAAAGAAGCCUGAAAAAUUCAGGCUUCGACAGGAUUCGAAAACUGUGCCAUUCAGAUACUGGUCGGCCGGCUAUUACCAACUGACCCAACUGAGCUACGAGGCCGCACGUUAGGGGCGAGGCAAUUUUUUAGAGGCUUCUUAUUUCUUAAUUCUAUCCUUUGCCUUUUAGGCCGGAAUAUCGAAUACCAAAGUGAGCACUCAGGUGGAUGCAACAGAUAUUCACCUGCCAAACAAUUACGUCAAGAUUGCAUGUAUCGGCCAGGACAUGGGAAUUAAGAUUAAAUCUUAA